AUGACCGGCCAUAUGAGCUGUGUUAAGUCUUUUCAAAGCCAGCUCUCAGUAAAUUCGCAGGAAACGAAGUGGAAGGGCUCAAAAUCCAAAGAUAUAGGAAACGACUAUCAGGUUAUAUAUCACGGCACAGACAACAAAAGAAACGGAGUGGCAAUAGUGCUCGACAACAACUUCAAAGCGCGAAUAAUAAACAUCACACGCAAGAGCGACCGCUUAAUUGCAAUCAAACUGGCUCUAGAUGACCAGCAGAUCACCAAUAUAAUCUCAGCUUACGCCCCACAAUCAGGGUGUACAGAUGUAGAAAAAUCUGAUUUCUGGGAUGACUUCGAUGAUUUGAUCCGUAGCAUACCUAUAAAUGAAUACAAGAUAAUUGGAGGGGAUCUGAAUGGACAUGUGGGAGUUAGCAACACUGCAUAUGAGAAGACUGUCCACGGAGGGUACGGAAUGGGUGAAGUGAACAAACAAGGAGAAACAAUUCUAGAUUUUGCGGCAAGACACUCGUUAAGCCUGAUUAAUACAAACUUCCAAAAGAAACUGGAACAUUUGAUCACCUACAAAUGCGCAGGAAAAGUCUCACAAAUAGACUUUAUAGUCUCAGACAUAACUGUUAAGCAUAAGUUUAGAGAUUGCAAAGUGAUUCCAGGCGAGGCCCUAACAUCUCAGCACCGUAUCCUCGUGGCUGUUUACGAUUUACCAAAGCCCAUUAGAACAAUAGUGGAUAGAUCUCCUAGAACUAAGUGGGGGGCACUAGAUAGCUCUAAAGGCGACACACUAAUUGAUGAGAUGAGAAAGUACCUCGAGGCUGACUUGGAUAUAGACUAUGAGUGCGCUGACCACAUGUGGACUAAAUUUGAAGAACAAUGUAAAAGUAAAGCAACACAGAUCUUAGGUGUGUCCAAAGGUCCUCUUAGUGGCGGCAAAAAUCCUAAAUGGUGGAAUGAGAGGGUGCAUGAGAGUUUGGCAGCUAAGAAAUCCCAGUUUAAGGUUUGGCAAACUUCCCAAUCAGAUGAAGAUCGAAUUAAAUAUAAAGAAGCAAAGAAACUAGCGAAGCAAACCGUCGCACAAGAGAGAGCCAACUCAAAUCAGGCUUUUUAUGCCGACUUGGAAAACGCCAAAAAUGAGACUGAAGUACUCAAAAUUGCUAAAACUAGACAUAGGUCAACAAUGGAUAUUAGAGUAAAUAAGUACAUAAAGAACAAAAAUCAUCAACUAAUCACAAACAACGAACAGAUUAACGACAGGUGGUUAGAAUACUAUGAGCAACUACUUAAUGAGGAAUUCCCACAUGAAGAACCAGCACCUCAAAAUGCCACACAUGGUCCUAUAAAAAAUGUGGCCGAAGGAGAGGUCAAACUAGCGAUCACAGCAAUGAAAAAUCGUAAAGCCCUAGGCCCAGACGAAGUACCGGCGGACUUAUGGAAGCGAUUAGGCCCGCCGGCAGUAACCUGGCUGACCAGGCUGUUUAACGCCAUCUUAACCACCAAAAAUAUCCCGGAGUCGUGGCGAAAAAGCUACUUACUGCCCUUCUACAAAAAUAAAGGAGACGUGGCAGAGUGCGAAAAUUAUAGAGCAUUCAUCGACCUUGAAAAGGCGUUUGACCGCGUGCCACGUAAACUUGUAUGGCAAGCACUUCGAGCCCAAAACGUACCGGAAUACUACAUCCAGAUUAUUCAGGACAUGUACUACGGUGCUACCACAAAAGUUCGAAGCCUGGGUCUAAGCAAAGCUUUUGAGGUUAAAGUAGGCGUCCACCAGGGUUCUGCGCUGAGCCCUUUACUUUUUAAUCUGGUGAUGGAUUACCUCACUAAGGACAUACCGGCACCGUUACCAUGGACUAUGCUGUAUGCAGACGAUGUUGUACUAGCCGCAAAUACUGCACAACAUCUGCAGGAACUCCUCAAUAUGUGGACACAGUCCCUGGAAAAGUACGGCCUACGUGUUAGUAGGAGCAAAACCGAACACAUGCAAUGCUCCUUCAGUGGAAACACAAAGCAAGACACAAUACACAUCGGUACAACACCCAUACCAACAGUGAGGAAGUUCAAAUAUCUGGGCUCCAUGCUAACACCAGAUGCAAACGUGGAUGACGACGUGACACAUCGCAUAAGUGUCGCGUGGCAAAAAUGGAGAACGCUGACAGGAGUACUGUGUGAUCAUCGUAUGCCCGUAAGGGUGAAGGGCAAAGUGUACAAAACUGCAGUUCGCCCAGCCCUAUUGUACGGAUCCGAAUGCUGGACAGUCAAGAAAAUCCACGAACAUAAGGUCCACGUCAAUGAGAUGAAGAUGUUGAGAUGGGCGGGAGGUGUGACUCGGCUCGAUAAAGUGCGCAACGAAUAUAUAAGAGGCAGCUUUAAAGUCGCACCAAUCGCCCAGAAACUCACCGAGAACCGUCUCAGGUGGUACGGACAUAUCAAAAGACGCAGUGAGGACCAUGUGGUUCAGAUUGCACUAGGUUUGCCUGAGCGGAAAAGAGGUGGAGGCCGCCCGCCACUAACCUGGUGGUCUGAAAAAAUACAAAGAGACCUCAAGGAAGCCCAUUUGCCUGAAAAGACAAUCCAGGACAGAGUAUCCUGGCGCAGACGAGUGAGGAGACCCGACCCCAAAUAA